CAGGACCCGGACACCGGAGCGGCGGCGGCGGGACGCAGGGUGACGCGCUCUGAGCUGCGCGCGGAGGAGCGGAGAGCCGCCGGUUCCAGGCAGGAGGAGCUAAAACUUAACAGUUCAACCUUCGCACUGACCGGAGACUCGUCUCACAACCAGGCCAUGGUGCACUGGUCCGGCCAGAACAGCAGCGUGAUCCUGAUGCUGACCAAACUGUUUGACUUCAACCUCAACAGUGUGACUGAGAGUUCAUUGUGGAGGUCGACCGACUAUGGCGCCACGUACCAGAAGCUGAACGACAAAGUGGGAGCGAAGACGAUCCUCAGCUACCUGUACGUGAGCCCCAACAACAAGAGAAAGAUCAUGUUGCUGACCGAUCCGGAGAUCGAGAGCAGCCUGCUGAUCAGCUCCGACGAGGGAGCCACGUACCAGAAGUACCGCCUCAGCUUCUACAUCCUCAGCCUGCUGUUCCACCCCGAGCAGGAGGACUGGAUCCUGGCCUACAGCCACGACCAGAAGCUCUACAGCUCGGUGGAGUUCGGGCGGAGGUGGCAGCUGGUGCACGAGAGGGUCGCCCCCAACCGCUUCUACUGGUCGAAAAUGGGUUUGGACAAAGAGCCGGGCCUAAUUCACCUGGAAACCAGCAUCUCUGAAGGACAGGCGCUCUACGUCACCUGCAAGCUGCAGAACUGCACGGAUGCCAACAAGGGCAAACCAUUCCCUGGCUACAUUGACCCCAAUUCUCUGGUGGUGCAAGAUGAGUAUGUGUUUGUCCAGGUGUCGACGGCGGGCAGGCCGAUCUACUACGUGUCGGCCAAAAGAGACAUCUUCACCCCCAUGAAGCUGCCGAAGUACACCCUCCCCAAGGACCUGCACGUCAUCAGCACGGACGAGAACCGCGUGGUGGCGGCGGUCCAGGAGUGGAACCAGAACGAAACCUACAACCUGUACGUGUCCGACACGUCGGGGGUCUUCUACACGCUGGCUCUGGAGAACGUGGUCAGCAGCAUGGGCCUGGAGGGGAACGUCAUGGUCGACCUCUACGAGGUGGCAGGAAUUAAAGGGAUGUUCCUGGCCAACAAGAAGACGGAUAACCAAGUGAAGACGCACAUCACCUACAACCGAGGCCGGGACUGGAGGCUACUGCAGGCGCCCAGCAAAGACCUGAAGGGCAACAGCGUCCACUGCGUGCUGCCGUACUGCUCGUUGCAUCUCCAUCUGCACGUCUCGGCCAACCCCUACACGUCCGGAAACAUCGCCAGCCGGGACUCGGCGCCGGGGAUCAUCGUGGCAUCAGGCUCCAUCGGCGCCGAGCUGACCACCACCAACGUCAGCGUGUACAUCACCUCGGACGCAGGGAACACAUGGAGACAGAUCUUCGAGGAGGAGUACGCAGUGCUGUACCUGGACCAGGGAGGAGCAUUAGUCGCAAUAAGACACACUCCACUUCCCAUCCGACACCUGCGGUUGAGCUUUGACGAAGGACGCCACUGGACCCAGUACAGCUUCACCAACUCGCCGCUGUUUGUGGACGGCGUCCUGGGAGAGCCCGGGGAAGAGACGCUCAUCAUGACGAUAUUCGGCCACGUCAGUCAUCGCUCAGAGUGGCAGCUGGUGAAGAUCGACUUCAGGUCCAUCUUCAACAGGAGGUGCACGGAGGCGGACUAUCAGACGUGGCAUCUCCACAACCAGGGUGAGCCGUGCCUCAUGGGAGUGAAGAGGAUCUACAGGAAGCUGAAGCCCACCUCCAGGUGCGUCAUGGGAAAAACCUUCUCGGUGACCAUGACGUCAGGCCCCUGCGACUGCACCGAGGCCGACUUCGAAUGUGAUUACGGCUAUGAGAGGCGGACCGACGGGAAGUGCAGCCCCGCCUUCUGGUUCCAUCCAUCAUCCAUGUCCAGGAGCUGCACCACCGGGAUGACCUUCCUCAACAGCACCGGCUACAGGAAGGUGGUGUCCAAUAACUGCACUGCCGGAGUCAGCGUGGAGUACACGGCCCGGAGGCAGCAGUGUCCCGUCCAGGCGCCGCGAGGUCUACACCUGGUGACCAGCGAGGGCGCGCUGACCGCCACGCUCAACGCCAACGUCACCUUCCUGGUGUUCCUGGAGGAGGGCGACGGAGCGAGGACCAGCAUCACGCUGGACUUCGGCGACGGUCACGCUCUGACGUACUCCAACGUGAGCUCCAUCGAGGACGGCAUCAAGCACGUCUACAAAUCUGUGGGGAUCUACAGGGUGACGGCCACCGGGGAGAACAGUCUGGGCUCCGAGACCGCCGUGCUCUACCUGCACGUCACAUGUCAGCUGGAGUAUAUCCAUCUCUCAGCUCCCUUUGUGGCCGUGAGGAACAAGGAAGUGAACCUGACGGCUGUGCUGUGGCCCAGCCAAGUGGGAACGGUCACCUACAUCUGGUGGAUCGGAAAUAACACCGAGCAGCCAGUAAUCACCCUGGAGGGAAGCGUGGCGUGCACGUUCUCCCGAGAAGGCAUCAAUACAGUCACAGUGCAGGUGUCUGCAGGGAACAGCAUCCUGCAGGACCGAAAAACCAUCGCUGUCCACGAAUACUUCCGAUCUCAUCUGCUCGCCUUUUCAUCAAACCUGGACGAGCACAACCCCGACGUAGCCGAGUGGAGGCUGGACGUGAGCCGAGUCAUCAAGAACUCUCUGAUCCAGGCCACGGGGGUGCGAGAGGAUCAGCUCCUGGUCACCGUCCUGCCGGGUUUACCCACGGCCGCGGAGUUCUUCCUGCUGCCAGACAAGCAGCUAACGGAGGGGAAACCCGAGAAAAACGCCGCUCAGUUAGACCAGCUCUCCGAGGUUCUGCUCAGCGCCUUGAACCAGAACCUGGUCCAGUUCACGUUGCGGCCGGGGGUCCAGGUCACAGUGUACGCAGCCCACCUAUCAGCAGCGCCCCUAGUGGACACCAGCGAGAACCACAGUGGCUCUGCCAUGCUAAUGCUGCUAUCAGUAGUGGUUGUGGGUUUAGCUGUAUUUGUCAUCUACAAAUUCAAGAGGAAGAUCCCAGGCCUCAACGUCUAUGCGCAGAUGCAGAACGAAAAAGAACAAGAAAUGAUGAGUCCAGCUGAUCCAACAGAGUCCACGCCCAGCUCUCAGCGGGACUUGGUGCAUUCUUUGGAGAUUCUGGACACAGAGUUUAACUCACGGCCCAUCGGAUGUAUGAAACCUCAUGUACAUGUGAAAUUCUCCACAGAACUCCCCACGUACAUCGUGUGAA